AUAGUGCUUUUUAUCUAUUCAGGUGUCUGCUUUUCAAAAUUCUCUUUCGGAGAUAUAUCUAAGUUCCAAUAAGCAUUAAAUACAAUCUGACAAUUCAUUACCAUGUUGAUUUCGCAAACGAAAGAUGAUUUUUCUUUGGUGUUUUUGUGUGUGAUGUUUGCAAUGGUUAUUGCAGAACUGAAUGUUCAUAAAUAUGUCUUUGUAACUACAAAAGACAGAAGAAUUCUUCCUAGCAGUACAUCACUCAUAAAGCAAAGAACACUAUCUCUAGCUGCUUGUGCGUCAUUGUGCUCCAUACAUUAUUGUUGCUAUGCUAGUUAUGACACGAAAACCGAACACUGCUACUUAGAUGAAUCUUGUUGUCCAAAAAAUGAGUCUUCAAUAGAUUCACUUAUAUUAAAGAAAAAUACAGUUUCAUUCGCAUGUCCAAACAGAUGGUUAAAGUACGAAAAUCAAUGCUACUACUUUAGCGAUGAGGAAAAAACGUGGGACCAAGCUAGGCUGAUGUGCGAGCAUAAUGGAAGUAGGCUAGUAGAAGUCGGUUCUAGUUGUGAAAACGACUUUUUGAAGAUGACAGCAGCUGUAUAUGACAAAUCUUACUGGCUAGAUGGAAGUGACAGACAAAGUGAAGGUUCUUGGAUGUGGGUCAGUAGUCUAACAAAAUUUGCAUUUACUGAUUGGUAUGCAACAGAACCAAGUAACUAUGCAGGAGAAAAUUGUAUUCGCAUUACGAUGCACUUAGACUUCAAAUGGGGGGAUGCCUUAUGUAGCAACCAACUCAGAUUCAUAUGUGAAAAAAGGUCGAGUAAUUAAAUUGGAAAGGAUAAUACCUAGCACAUGUUGCAGCACUUUUUAAUGUCAUUGAAAAGGUUGUGAUGUCCGAACGAAUGCCAUGCAUUAUUUUUGAAAUGACGGUUUAAUGGUUG